CAGAUGUCAAAUAGUUCUCGCUUUCCUACUUCUCAAACGUAAGUUUCGUUUGUAUGUUGGUUGGAAUCCAGUAAAAUGUUUACUAGUUCUUGUUUCGGCAGUUUUCAGAAGAAAUUAGUGUUUGUACUGGAUAGUUCCAAUCUUAUACCACAAAAUUAAAGUCUAUACUAGUAAUUAAAUCCAUCCCACUAAAUACGUAAAGCUGUGGAAUUUUGAAAAUAUUCCAUAACAAACCGAUUAAACAACUAGCUUACAUCUCAUUAGUUACUUCAACAUUCAUUUUCAAAGAGGCUGUUCUGGUUUUCAUUCAAUAAAUACUAAUCUUCCAAACAAAGUCUGUGGACUGAGAUCCAUGUUUAAUUUCUCAGUAUCAGGAAUCCAAGUGUCUACAGAAAGAACUUGGAAUUAUAUUGUGCAACAUUUACAAUUAAUUUGGGACAGUAUAUACAACAUCAGCCAUCCCAUAAUGCCAAAAUCCAGAAAAAGGCAUUAUUCCCAUUCUAAAAGUAGGUCUAGAUCAAAUUCUACAAAUAGAAAUCGAGAAAAACGAAGAAGAAAUGAUUCCCAUGACAGGGAUAAGAAAAAAAUCGAUAUAACUUACGAAAGUCCGCCGUAUAAAAGAUCUGUAAGCAGUCAAAGGGCCCACCGUUCGCGUCAAUACGAAAGAGGAUCGAGUGCUGAUAGACGGUAUAAGCGCAGCCACAAAAGGUCUCCUACAUCGAAAAAGAACCGUCGCUAUCACGAAGGUACUUCGUCCAGAAGGAAACACACCAGCAGGAAGAAAAGUCCGCAUCCUGAAGAGCACAAGGCCAACAACGUCCCAGCAGUCCAAGAUGACGAUGAAGGCCAUCUAAUCUAUAGUGUAGGCGAUGUUUUGCAGGAGCGUUAUAAAAUUCUAGGAACCCUUGGAGAAGGUACGUUUGGAAAAGUAGUGAAAGUAAGAGAUUUAGAAAUGGAUCACAUAAUGGCACUAAAAAUCAUAAAAAACGUCGAAAAAUACAGAGAGGCUGCCAAAUUAGAAAUUAACGUGUUAGAAAAAUUAGCUGAAAAAGAUCCAGCUUGUGUGCAUCUUUGUGUUAAAAUGCUGGACUGGUUCGAUUAUCACGGACACAUGUGCAUUGCAUUUGAAAUGCUGGGCUUAAGCGUUUUCGAUUUUCUCAAGGAAAACGGUUACCAACCGUACCCGUUAGACCAAGUUCGACAUAUUAGCUACCAAUUGUGCUACUCCGUUAAAUAUUUACACGAUAACAAACUAACGCACACCGAUCUGAAACCAGAAAAUAUUUUAUUCGUCGAUUCAGAAUACGAGGUAUCGUUUCACAAUAAAAAGAAGAAAGAGGUGAGGAGAGUAAAGAGAACUGAUGUGAGAUUGAUCGAUUUUGGGAGUGCUACUUUUGAUCACGAACAUCAUAGUACGAUAGUAUCGACUCGUCAUUACAGAGCACCUGAGGUUAUUCUGGAGUUAGGUUGGAAUCAGUCUUGCGAUGUUUGGUCUAUAGGAUGCAUUUUAUUUGAACUGUACCUGGGAAUUACUCUCUUUCAAACUCAUGAUAACAGAGAGCACCUUGCUAUGAUGCAAAGAAUUCUAGGCGAAAUUCCUGUCAGAAUGGCCAGGAAGACAAAAACGAAAUAUUUUUAUCGAGGAAAAUUAGAAUGGGAUGAAAAGAGCUCAGCUGGCAGAUAUGUGAGGGAUAACUGUAAACCAUUAAUAAGAUACAGACAAAUAGACGAUGAUGACCAUAAUUCAUUAUUUGAUUUAGUGAUGAGGAUGCUCAAAUAUGAACCUUCUGAAAGGAUUACUUUAAAAGAUGCUUUACAACAUCCGUUCUUUGGAAAAAUACUUCCCCAUCAGCGACUUUCGGAUAUCAAGGAAGCAACCAAAACUAUCCAAUCUUUAUGCAGAUGAAAUUUGAUGUGACCCUUUGCAUUUUUAGUUAAUUAUCUUGUCUUCUUUAUGGAUUUUGCGGUUUUAUUAGACUUAAAAGUAAUAUCUAUAAUUUUUUUGGCGUUUAUUUCAUCAUCACUAUGAGGUCUUGGUUUUUUGUUAACGCAUACUAUUUUAUCUGUGAUAAAAAAGCUAUUAAAUGAUUCAGUUUCUGAUUGAUUUCUUUUGAAUCACUGUAUUGUUAAUUUUGAAAUUAAAGAUAAAUUUUGUAAUGUGUUCACUUUCAUGUUAUUUUAAAUAUUGUUCAAAAUAUUCUUUUCAAUGCAAUAAUUUCUCAUUUUCAAUAAAGAAGUUCUUUUCCUUAACUAAAC